CACACAGACACAAUUACAUGUACCCCCGGGCUGGGAGGGGUCGGGUGUAUUUGAAAGUCAAGGACAUUGGAGAGAUUAUUAAGCCAGGAAACGACACAGCUAGAUGGACACUGAGCCUCCUUCAGCCCCCCUCACUUACAUCUGGGAACAGAGGUCUGAGGAAGGCAGGCAGUUUCCUGAAGGUCUUUGUCUCGGUGACUUCCGCUGAUGCCCUAAUUUCUCUCCACUUUCCUCUUUCUCUCCUUUUAAACUGUUAGAGAGCAAAGCAUUAUGCUCUGGGGGAAGUCCAAUACUCACGUGUCAUCUCCUAACUUGGUAUUUUUCUCUUAUCAGAGUAUAUCGUCUAGCAGCUUCAAGCGACUUUUUCCUCAACCUGAUCACCAACCAACCAGAACAGCACACGUCAAACAUACCCUUCACUAAGAAACAUGGCCAAGAGUGGGAAGAGCCCCAAGGGCAAGAAGAUCACCCUCAAUGUGGCCAAGAAUUGUAUCAAAAUCACGUUCGAUGGGAGAAAACGCCUCGACUUGAGCAAGAUGGGAAUCACCACCUUCCCAAAGUGUAUUCUGAAACUCAAUGACAUAGAUGAGCUCGAUCUUAGCCGGAAUAUGCUCAAGAGGAUCCCUGAUUCAAUCUCCAAGUUCCAGAGCCUACGGUGGCUGGACCUGCACAGCAACUACAUCGAUAAGCUCCCCGAGUCCAUCGGCCAAAUGACUAGUCUGCUGUACCUCAAUGCCAGCAACAACAGGCUGACCACCAACGGGCUGCCCGUGGAACUCAACCAGCUUAAGAAUAUCCGCACCGUGAAUUUAGGCCUGAACCACCUGGAUAGUGUGCCCACCACCCUGGGUGCUCUGAAGGAGCUCCAUGAGGUCGGGCUCCAUGACAACCUGCUCAGCGCCAUCCCCACCAGCAUCUCCAAGCUCCCCAAGCUGAAGAAGCUCAACACCAAGAGAAACCCCUUCCUCCAGCCGGAAGAGACGGAUGUCUUCUUAGAUUCCAUCAAGAGGCUGGAUAACUUAUACCUGGUGGAGGCCAAGGAUCUGUGCGGGUCUUGCCUGAAAAAAUGCCAACAGGCCCGAGAGAAGCUGAACAAAAUCAAGAGCCUAGUCCCAGUGACACCGAAAAAGGCUGCCUUCACCAAUUUAAUCGCGCCCAACUCCACGGCCAAGGAGUCCCAGGAAGAAUGGAGGUGACCUUGUACCCUGACCCUGAGGCAGAAAGGGAACAGGGAGGGAGGAAAGAUGGCAAUGGGCUGCUUCCACAGAAAACUGAGAGGUUGCCCCAUGACUGCAAUAGUGCUUUCAGCUAAGCCC